UAAAGAUAGAAGCAAUAAACAAAAAAAAAGUUAAAAAGAAAAGAUAGCUAGCUGUCCACUGCCUUUUGCCUCCUCUCUAUACUUUUUCUUUUAAAAAAACUUCACUCUUCCAAACACAAUUUCAAAACAAACAAACAUCAUUCUUCUUAUUGUUCAUCAAAUCUCAAACAUUUUCAAAAAAAAUUCAAACUAUACAUUCAACAUGAAAGGUAUUAGAAAGUGUAAAGAAGCUCCUUCAACAGAUUUAUUAGUCUGUUUUCCUUCAAGAGCUCAUCUAACACUUAUGCCAAGUCCAGCUUCUCAUCAUCACCAUUUAAAAAGAUCAAAUACAAGAGGUAUUGGACCUGCUGGCCAAGCUAGCCCUAUGUUAUGGAAGAGGACAGAGAUAUCUGAGCCUACGUCUCCGAAAGUUACUUGUGCUGGACAAAUCAAAGUAAGACACAAACCGAAAUCAUGUAAGAUCAAGAAUUGGCAAUCAGUGAUGGAAGAGAUUGAGAAGUUACAUGUUAAGAAGCAAAAAAAGAAAAAACUUGUGUGGAAUAUGGAAGGCGUUGGGUUCAAGAAAGACGCGAUGCAGUUGUUGACAUGUUUGAGGAAUAUAAGGUUUGAUUUUCGAUGUUUUGGAUCGUUUCAUAACGAUGAAACAGAUGUCAUUACUUCUGAUGAUGAUGAGGAUGACGACGAAGAUGAUCAGGAGGGUGAAGAUGAACACGACGAUGAAGCGAAAACAGCAUCGAGAACUGUUUUCUCUAAGUGGUUUAUGGUUUUACAAGAAAACCAAAAAACAGAGGAAACAGAGCAUGCCAAAAAAACAGAGGAAACAGAGUACUCUGUUUUUAGUCAUAAUGAUGCUCCACCACCAAACGCACUUUUGCUUAUGCGUUGUCGUUCUGCUCCAGCAAAAGGUUUGCUGGAGCAGAAACAUAAAGACAACGACAGUGAUUAUGAUCAACAAAAGAAUGAAAAAUCAAGAACGGAGAAUAAUAUGAAGAAAAGCUUAGUAGUGAUGAGAUAUGGAAGUGAUCUCUACAAAUUUUCAUCUGAUAUAUCAAAAGAGAAUUGGGUUGUAGAUGGAAUUAAAGAUCCAUUUUCAAGAAGUCGAAGUUCGAAGAGGUAAUUAACAUUCAUGAUGAUCAAAUUUCAAGGUCAUUUCUCUUUGGCCAAUAUAACAGGAUCAAUAGUGUUCACACUUAUCUUUCAGUGUGAAUCGAAUGUUCAACCUAUCGAUCAACUUACCCUUCGACAUGACUUGAAUCGUCAACCUAUCGAUAAACGAUGGAGAUAUUCAACCACUAGAGCUAGCUUCUUUUGGCCAAAUAUCCCCACUUUUGUUCUCAAUUUUUUUUUUUUUUUAAGUUUCUUCAAAUACUAGUAGCAUUUACAUUUUUGAUGUUUGAAUUUAUCUUUUUGUGAUGUGUACGUAGAUGUGUAAUUUUUGUAUAGGGUUUUUUACUCAAACAAUAUACAAUCUUGAGAUAUAUUUUUAAUGGAGAAGAUUUACAAAUGUUGCUUUA